AUGGACAAUAAGGCGCUGGAACCUGAUUCUGUGAGUAUCCCCAUGGAGGAGACCAUCAUGUGUAAUGGAGGAAGCCAGGCGCUGGCCCAGCCUCAGCAGCAGCAGGAUGCGUCCAAGUUGACUCAUCUGAAGAAGGUUGAGAACCAGAUCACAGAAGCACAGCGCUUCUCCCACCUGCCCAAACGCUUGGCUGUGGACCUAGAGUUCAUUGACCUCUCCUACACCAUUCAGGAGGGACCAUGCUGGAGGAGGAGAGGUUUCAAAGCCUUACUGAAGUGCCUGUCUGGGAGAUUCUGCAGUCGAGAGCUGAUAGGAAUCAUGGGGCCCUCUGGGGCUGGGAAAUCCACUUUGAUGAAUAUUCUGGCUGGAUACAGGCAAACAGGGAUGAAGGGUCAGAUCCUGGUAAAUGGGAAACCCAGGGACUUGAGAAAAUUCAGGAAAAUGUCCUGCUACAUCAUGCAGGAGGACAUGCUGCUGCCACAUCUCACUGCACGAGAGGCCAUGAUGGUUUCAGCCAACCUCAAGCUGGAUGAAACUAUGGAUGUGAAGAAAGAACUGGUGAAUGAGAUUCUGACUGCUUUAGGGCUUCUGGAAUGUGCUCACACUCGGACCAGUUCGCUGUCAGGGGGACAGUGUAAACGGCUGGCCAUCGCCCUCGAGCUAGUCAACAAUCCACCAGUGAUGUUCUUUGACGAGCCCACCAGUGGAUUAGACAGUGCAUCAUGCUACCAGGUGGUGUCCUUAAUGCGUUCUCUGGCAUUGGGAGGACGGACCAUCAUUUGCACCAUCCACCAACCCAGUGCCAAACUGUUUGAGAUGUUUGACAAGCUCUACAUUCUCAGUCAGGGUCAGUGUAUCUACAAAGGUUCAGUCCCCUACCUCAUCCCCUAUCUGAAGACUCUGGGACUGUACUGUCCUACCUACCACAACCCUGCAGACUUCAUCAUUGAAGUGGCAUCAGGAGAGUAUGGGGACUUAAACCCGGUGCUGUUUGACGCAGUGCAAGGUGGAAUGUGUGCAAUAGAGGAGAAGAAGAACCAGUGUGAUAACAAUGGCCCAUCAAUAAUCUGCUCCCAUUUUCCCCAGGAUGCUGGACACAUAGAGAGCCAUACGUUUGCCACAAGCACACUAACACAGUUCUGUAUCCUCUUCAAGAGAACAUUCAUCACUAUAUGUCGAGACCAGGUUUUGACCCACCUCAGACUGAUAUCCCACAUCGCUAUAGGUGUGUUAAUAGGCUUGCUCUAUCUGAACAUUGGCAAUGAUGCCAGCAAGGUCUUCAACAACACUGGAUUUCUCUUCUUUUCUAUGCUCUUCCUCAUGUUUGGGGCUCUCAUGCCAACUGUGUUAACUUUUCCUCUGGAGAUGUCUGUGUUCCUGAGGGAACAUCUCAACUACUGGUACAGCCUGAAAGCCUACUACCUGGCUAAGACCAUGGCUGAUAUUCCAUUCCAGGUGAUCUGCCCCAUCAUGUACUGCAGCAUAGUAUACUGGAUGACAGAGCAGCCUCCUGAGGCCAGCCGCUACCUACUCUUCAUAGCCCUGUCCACCUGCACUGCCCUGGUAGCCCAGUCCUUAGGCCUGCUGGUUGGUGCCGCCUCCACCUCAUUACAGGUGGCCACAUUUGUGGGACCUGUCACAGCUAUCCCAGUGCUGCUUUUCUCUGGAUUCUUUGUCAACUUCGACACAAUCCCCAAGUAUCUGCAGUGGAGCUCCUAUGUGUCUUAUGUCAGAUAUGGCUUUGAAGGGGUGAUCCUGUCCAUCUAUGGGAUGAACCGGUCAGAGCUGGAGUGUCCGGGGAAGGUGUGUAAAUUCCAACAGCCUGAAGAGGUUCUCCAGUUAUUGGAUGUGGAAGACGCAAAGCUCUAUCUAGAUUUCAUUGUCCUGGGCAUUUUCUUCAUCAUCUUCCGCCUGGCCACCUACCUUGUCCUUCGUUACAAGGUCAAGUCUGAGCGAUAG